CCGAACCCCACUAUUCCUCGAAUCCCGACACAAUGGCAGGAGCAGUCCCCGUUGCGAAGUCAUUGAAGGACAUAUAUACAGAAGAUGCGUUGCCUAUACAGACGGAGAGGUGGGAGAAGCUUUUGAAGCAAUUCGCGGCCAAUUACGGCAAUAGCCCACAAUUCGUCUCUCGCUCACCAGGCCGAGUCAACAUCAUCGGAGAACACAUCGACUACUCCCUCUACUCUGUCCUGCCAGCAGCAAUUACCGCAGAUGUACUCCUCGCAGUCUCGGUCAUUGAGGGAACCUCUACCGAUUCCUACAAGAUCAAAGUCUCCAAUGUUCAGUCUUCGAGAUUCCCUUCCCACGAAUUCGACAUCCCAUACAACUCGGUAGACAUUGACGCGACGGUUCACGAAUGGACCAAUUACUUCAAGUCGGGUCUGCGAGGGGCAUUAGAGCUUUUGCGGAAGAAACACGGUGCGGAUUUCAAACCGAAGAGCAUGGAGAUAUUGAUGGAUGGCACGGUACCAGCAGGAGGUGGACUAAGCAGUUCAGCAGCCUUCGUCAGCGCAUCUGCUCUUGCCGUUAUGUUUGCGAACGGAGAGACGGCAGUUGACAAGACUGAAUUGACAGAGCUCGCCAUUGUCAGUGAACGCGCGGUGGGUGUCAACUCAGGAGGAAUGGAUCAAUCCGCCUCGGUCUUCUCUCUGCGCGGUUCCGCUCUUCUGGUCUCUUUCGUCCCAUCCCUAACAGCGCGGCCCAUCAGAUUCCGGAAGACGAACCCCGAGCUCAACUUCGUUAUAGCACAAACCUUUGUCACAUCAGAUAAACAAGUCACGGCACCUGUAUGCUACAACCUUCGAGUCGUAGAAUGCAGUUUGGCAGCCGAAUACCUCAACGCGGUUCUGAACCAGAAAGGUACACCCCUCCCCAAAGACUCCGGACCCCUAGGCGUUUCCCUCCGAGGCUUCCACACAAACUACUUCGCCGACUCUGCCAUCCCCUUCGAGAAACAACUCACAAAACUCAUAAAUCUCACAAAAUCAACACUCACCCAAGAAGAGGGUUACACGCGCGAAGCAAUCGCCUCCGUCCUGAAAAUGACUGUCCCACAACUAAACGCCCGUUUCACCUCAACCGUACCUAUUCGAGCAGAGAAAUUCAAACUUCGCCAAAGAGCACUGCACGUCUUCUCCGAAGCCCUCCGCGUGCUGCAAUUCCUCUCCGUCCUCGAAAAUCCCUCUGCUUCCCUGUCAGCCGACUCGGGCUCCUCAACCGAAACCUUCAACAGAAAACUCGGUGAUCUGAUGAACGAGACGCAAGAGAGCUGUAGAGCGGACUACGAGUGCAGCUGUCCCGAGCUCGAUGAGCUUUGCAAGAUUGCGAGGGAGGCGGGCAGCUGCGGUUCUCGGCUGACCGGCGCGGGAUGGGGUGGAUGUAGCGUGCAUUUGGUGCCUGGGGAUAAAGUGGAGGCUGUGAAGAAGGCGUGGGAGGAGAUGUACUAUAGUAAGAGGGAGUUGACGGCAGAGCAGAGGGAAGCGGCGGUUGUGGUUUCUAGGCCGGGUGGAGGGAGUGCGGUAUUUGUUGUUGAGGGGGAGGGCGUUUUGUAA